UCUCACAUUUAUCUCAGUCUAAGUCCUUCCAGCCGCUGAUCGGUUAGUUCAGCCCGUGGUUUCAUCCACAUGUGAAUCAGAAACAAGGAAGUGUUGGUGUGAGGCUGGUGAAAUGUAGAGAACAGUAUGUGCCUCUUAAGAAAGUUAUCCGUCUCCAUCCUGCCGUUUCUUCUCAGUAAGAUUGAUUCAACCACCACAUGUCCUCAUAUUACAUUAUAGAAGAUAAACACACCGCUGACAUGUGUCAAGAUAUAAAGUGUUCCCUCCCAGGAAGCUUCAUCAGAAAGCCAUAAAUGUGGCUUAUUCCUUCUUACGUGAACUGGAUGAGGAGUUUGAUGGAUGAGGCAAGGCUUUGUGACCAAACAUGCGUUUAGUCAAGUCAAGAAUGAGGAAAGGCGUUUAAGUUACGAAGUGAACAAGCCCAGAGGGAACAGACGACUCAUGUCAAGUCGGCUCCGUUACACUGCAGCCAUGGGAACUCUUUUACACCGUCUACUGAUAAUCUUCUUUGUGGCAUCGGAAUCAAAAGUUCACGGUUCCAACAUCUGCACAUCACGAGGAGUCACUACUUGUCAACAGUGUUUGGCUGUUCACCCCAGCUGUGCUUGGUGCUCUCAGGAGGAAUUUGGGAAGGGAGGGCACAGUGAAUCCCGCUGUGACUUGAAGCAGAAUCUGCUGGAUGGAGGGUGCCGUGAAAAGGCUCUGGAAUUUCCCUCCAGCACCAUGACUAUCGGGAAGGACGCUCCGCUCAGUGACAAGGCCUCAGGGACAGCCGACGAUGUGACUCAGAUAAAGCCUCAGAAACUCCAUAUGGUGCUAAGAUCAGGUGAUGCCAAGCGCUUCACUGUGUCAGUGAAACAGGUGGAGGAUUACCCAGUGGACCUCUACUAUCUGAUGGAUCUUUCAUAUUCAAUGAAGGAUGACUUGGCUCGCCUUCGUACCUUGGGCAAUGAGCUGGCCAUAGCCAUGGGCCGGACCACAAGCAACCUGCGCAUGGGGUUUGGAGCCUUUGUGGAUAAGACCAUGUCCCCUUACAUGUACAUCUUUCCUCCAGAGGCAGUGGAAAACCCUUGCUAUGGGAGUGGCGACACAUGCCAAGCUCAAUUUGGGUUCAAGAAUGUGCUGUCACUGACGGAGAAGGUAGCGCGCUUCACUGAGGAGGUGGAGAAACAGCAGGUGUCUAGAAAUAGAGACGCUCCAGAGGGUGGAUUUGAUGCUGUCAUGCAGGCAGUGGUGUGCAAGGACAAGAUUGGCUGGCGUCCAGAUGCCUCGCACCUUCUGGUGUUCACCACUGAUGCCAAAACUCACAUUGCUCUGGAUGGACGUAUUGCUGGCAUCGUCCAGCCCAAUGAUGGACUGUGUCACCUUGGUAGUGACAACAUUUACAACAAAUCUACUGUACUGGAUUAUCCCUCUUUGGCACUUAUGACUGAGAAAAUGUCUGAAAACAACAUUAAUUUAAUUUUUGCUGUGACCAACUAUGUAGUGCCACUCUACAAGGAGUACAGUAAGCUCAUUCCAGGCACAACUGUGGGAACGCUGUCCGAUGAUUCUGGGAAUGUUAUUCAGCUCAUUGAGGAGGCUUAUGCUAAAAUUCGCUCCAAAGUGGAGCUGGAGCUGAUUGGAGUCCCAGAAGAGUUGAAUCUCUCCUUCAAUGCCACUUGCCUGAAUGGAGAGGUCAUCCCUGGACUUAAGUCUUGCACUGGCCUUAAGAUCGGAGACACGGUGUCAUUCAGCGUGGAGGCACAGCUGCGUGGCUGCCCCAAGGAGAAGAGCCGCACUUUUACUAUCAAACCUCUAGGCUUCAAGGAUUCCCUGGAGGUCACGGUGGAGUUUGCCUGUGGAUGCAACUGUGAGGCAAAGGCCGAACCCAACAGCCCCCUCUGUAGCAACGGCAACGGUACCUACGAGUGCGGCGUGUGUCAGUGUCACCAGGGUCGCCUUGGCCCACGAUGUGAGUGCUCAGUGGAGGACUACAGUCCCUCUGAUGAUGCCAAUUGCAUCCCAAAGCCGGGGAGCCCUAUCUGCGGUGGGAGAGGCGACUGUUUGUGCGGACAGUGCUCCUGCCACGCAAAUGGGUUUGGUCAGGUGUGGGGCAAAUACUGCGAGUGUGACGAUUUCAACUGCCUGCGCUUCAAAGGGGCACUGUGCUCUGAUCAUGGGAAGUGUAACUGUGGGUUUUGCCAGUGUGAUUCUGGAUGGGAAGGAGAAAACUGUAACUGCACCACGCGCAAAGACACCUGCAGGACCAGCAUGGGCGUGUGCAGCGGCCGUGGUAACUGUGAGUGUGGAGUGUGUCAGUGCACUCAGCCUGGUGCCUACGGAGCCACCUGUGAAAAAUGCCCCACCUGUCCUGAUUCCUGCACUAUUAAAGAGGCGUGUGUCGAGUGUCAACACUUCCAGAGAGGACAGUACAUGAAAGACGAGAGCUGCAAUAAAAUCUGCAGAAAUGAAAUUAAACUUGUGGAUGAACUGGUUUUCCAUGAUAGCAAUGCAGUGAACUGCUCCUACAAAGAUGUGGAGGACUGCAUUGUGCACUUCCAGUAUUAUGAAGAUGAUAGUGGCAAAUCCAUACUCUUUGUGGUAAAAGAGCCAGAGUGCCCUGAGGGUCCUGACACCUUGGUGGUGCUCAUGGCGGUGGCCGGAGCCAUUCUGUUACUGGGCCUGGUUGGCCUGCUCAUUUGGAAACUGCUGGUCACCAUCCACGACCGCAGAGAGUUUGCCAGGUUUGAGGAGGAAAGAGCCAAAGCCAAAUGGGAUACGGCUAACAAUCCUCUGUAUAAAGGAGCCACGUCUACCUUCACCAACGUAGCAUACCGAGGCACCUAAAGACUGAACACAGUGAGAAAAACUCAGGGGUCAAAAAACAGAGAAGGAAUGUAGCAACACAGAAAUGGAUGGGAAGAAGAUCCUUUACACUGUCACGUGGCCGGCUACUGAGUAGUAGUUAUUGCUGUCAACAACAUAAUGUAAGAAUUGUACAUAUUGUAAACAAAACUGUUCAUGUGAGUCACAGAUGGUUGCCUUCUUUUAGGCUUUCAGCUAAAUUCGUACUUUACUCUAUGUCGUGUCUGUAGCGUUCUCUAAUGCAAUCAGAUACAGUAGGAGUUCAUUAACAUAAGGAAAACUCAUUCACAUUAAGGGAAGCUGCUUCUGUGUGAAAGCCUGUAACUUUUGUAAUCUAUCAGACAAGCUCUUUUACCACUUCAAUAUUUGUUGUUGAAGAUAUUUUCUAUUUAAAUUUUUUGCUCAUGUUUUAAAAUAGGAAUCACCAUGACCCGGUGGUAAUAAUAAAUUGGUAUAGAAAAUAUUUGAAUGAAUGGACUUUUGAAGUCAUCUUCAUUGUCUACGACCGUAUUUAAUAUAUAAUUUACACCUAAGCCUUGUUUUAAGAGUGCCGCCUUUUUCAUUCCCUUUUCAUUUGACUGAAAAGAAUGAACCACAGUUUAUCGGUAUACAUGAAAUGUGUACUAUAGACAUUUAAUAACUUAUUAAAACAAGCUUGAAACAUAAUCAUGUACAAUUCUGUUUCGUUUCCCUUUUUGUGGGGCAAAAUACCAUUUGUAAUAAUUUUGACAAGAAUGUAAUAAUCUGUUGAGCAGUUGAAAAAAGAAGUAAGAUGCAUUAACUGCAGCCUUUAGGCUGACUUGGUUUACAAUAUUGUUUAUUGUAUAAUGUUUUUGAAAUGCAUACCAGCAAUGGCAACUUUAUAAUCGGUGUGAUUGCUAUAUUUUUUCAUCCCUGCAUUAUUACCUGUUUUUGUGUUUGUUGAGCUUUUUUUUAUUGUUUUUUUUGAAUUGUAUGAAAAAACAGCGAUCUGUUUUACUUUUGCCAAAGUGUAAAUUGCUGUAAUUUGUUUCAAUGUUCUACUGACCAGCACCGUGUUACACUGAAAUGCCAGAUCCUUUAUUUGUGUAUGUGAGCAGAUUUUAUUGCACAUCAAAUUAUAUUGGCCAUAAUGCCCUGUAAUUGUUAAUAACGAACUUGCUCUUUUGCAACCUCUAUAUAGGAGAUAAGAGUGUGAUGUGAGGUGUAUUUUGGUUGCACAUCUCUGAUUCUGUCUCAGGACAUGGCCUGCAAACUCACUGCUUACUUUUCUGUAUUUGCACAGUUUUUUUUUUUUUUAAAGACGCUCUGGUUUUACCUCUAGUUUGUUAAACAGAGGAAAUGCAUAAAGAUUUAUCUCACCCGACUUCA